AUGUCGACGGUCGCCAAGCCGUACCUCGACGAGAAGACGGCCGAGGAGACUCGUGUCGAGGACCUCCUCCGCGAGGCCGAGAAGGGUACCGAGAUCGAGCACAACAUGACCCUCUGGGAGGGUCUUCGCAAGUACCCCAAGGCUUGCUUCUGGUCCAUGAUGAUCUCGGUUGCUGUCAUCAUGGAGGGCUACGACGUUGUCCUCCUCGGAAACUUUUACGCCUACCCUGCUUUCAAGAGGCAGUUCGGCGAGCCCACGACCGACAAGAACGGUAACCCCGACUGGCAGGUCCCUGCCCGCUGGCAGGCGGGUCUCGGCAACGCCUCGGGUGUCUGCUCUAUCAUUGGUGUCCUUCUCAACGGUAUCCUCGCUGAGCGCUUCGGCUACCGCAGGACCAUGUUCUGGACUCUUAUCUGGAUGACCGGUGUCAUUUUCCUCAUGUUCUUCUGCAAGUCGCUUGGCAUGCUCCUCGCCGCUCAGUUCCUCGCCGGCUUCGCUUGGGGCAUCUUCCAGACUCUCACCACCACCUACGCCGCCGAGGUCGCUCCCCUGCCUCUCCGCGGUAUCCUUACGACCUGGGUUAACGCGUGCUGGGGUAUUGGACAGCUCAUUGCUGUCGGUCUCCUCCGUGGAAUGGUCAACCGCACCGACGAGUGGGCGUGGCGCAUCCCCUACGCCAUCCAGUGGUUCUGGCCUAUUCCCCUCAUCAUCACUGCGAUCUUCGCCCCCGAGUCUCCCUGGUGGCUCGUUCGCAAGGGCAAGGUCGAGGAGGCCCGCAAGUCGCUCCGCCGCCUGUAUUCCGGUAACGACGAGGAGGAGAUUCAGUCGACUCUUGCCAUGAUGGAGCACACCAUUGCCAUGGAGCGUGCCACGACCGCCGGUGCCACCUACCUCGAACUCUUCAAGGGUGUCAACCUCCGCCGUACCGAGAUCGUUUGCGGUGCCUGGGCCGUUCAGCAGCUUUGUGGCUCUUCGUUCAUGGGCUACUGCACCUACUUCCUUCAGCAGGCCGGCUUCUCGGUUGAGAACUCCUUUUCCAUGACCAUGGGCCAGUACGCUAUCAACACCGGCGGUACCUUCAUCGCCUGGGGCCUCAUGGGCAUGGGCAUUGGCCGCCGCGCCAUCUACCUCUACGGCUGCAUCUGGAUGGCGUGUGUCCUCCUCAUCAUUGGCGGUGUCUCUCUUAUCGGCAGCAAGGGAUCGUCUUGGGCUGUCGGUGUCAUGCUCCUCGUCUGGUCGGUUGCCUACCAGUUCACUGUCGGCACUGUCUGCUACGCCCUCGUUGCCGAGCUCCCCUCGCGCCGUCUCGCCAUCAAGUCGAUCAACAUUGGCCGUGGUUUCUACAACGUUAUCGGUAUUGUCAACGGCUCGUACAUGGCCUACAUGCUCAACCCCACUGCCUGGAACUGGGGCGGCAAGACUGCCUUCUACUGGGCCGGCAUGUGCUCGCUUUGCUGCGUCUGGAUCUACUUCCGCCUCCCCGAGCCUAAGGGUCUCACCUACCAGGAGAUCAACGCUCGUUUCGAGGCCAAGGUCCCCGCCCGCAAGUUCCAGUCGGUCGACAUGAACAUUUUCGAGCGCACCGACGAGAACAUUGCCGCCGCCCACCUUGCUGUCGAGGACGACCACAAGGGCAAGACCGAGCACGUUGAGAAGGCUUAA